UACUUAUAUACUCUGUGUCUUCUUUUCUUUCUAUCUUUCUGCAUGCUCUUAAAAAGGCCUCAAGUUACAACACAACACAACACAACACAAAACACAAUCACCAAAAGGGUACUGCAAAUUCCUGCAAAAAGAUCUUUUCUUUGGAUCCCCACAACAAUUGGGUCACUCUUUGUUCCCUCAACAACAAUAAAUAAAAAAUAGUAGCUAUAAAUAUACCUUCUUUUUCUUUCUUCCCAUUUGCCAUCAAAGCUUGCUCACCAAAAGAGAACUGCAAAAAGCUUACAAAGAAACAUCCAUUCUUUGGAUCCCUAUAAAUUUGGGUCUCUGUUUGUUUUCUUGAAAAACAGUAGCCAUAAAAGUUCCUUCUUUUUCUCUUUCCAAUGCUUUGCUAAGGUUUAGAGUCAAGAAGAUAUUCCAAGAAAUCUAGUUGCUUUUUGCUGUCUUUAUUUUCAGUGUCAAAAAUGGGUGCUCGUUGCUCUAAAUUCUCUUUUUGCUGGUGGCAUUCUCAUCUCAAACCAUCUCUUCUUGAUUCUUCUGAUCUAGAGAAUGGAGGCAAUAAUGAGAAAAAUGCCUUUCCUACUUUUACUGAAUUCAGUCUUGAUGAGCUGAAAAUGGCUACUAAUGGAUUUUCUCAAGAAAAUAUUGUAUCAGAGCAUGGAGAAAAAGCUCCAAAUGUAGUUUAUAAAGGGUUACUUGAAAAUGGUCGUUGGGUUGCUGUUAAACGUUUUAAUAGGUCUGCUUGGCCUGAUUCUCGCCAAUUCUUGGAUGAGGCUAGAGCAGUGGGGAAUCUGAGGAGCGAACGAUUGGCAAAUCUAAUAGGAUGCUGCUGUGAAGGAGAGGAGAAAUUGCUGGUGGCUGAGUUCAUGCCUAAUGAGACCCUUGCAAAGCAUUUGUUUCACUGGGAGAAUCAACCUAUGAAAUGGGCGAUGAGGUUGAGGGUCGCUUUUUACCUAGCACAAGCUUUGGAUUACUGCAGUAGCAAAGGUCGGGCAUUAUAUCACGAUCUUAAUGCUUACAGAAUCUUAUUUGAUCAGGAUGGUAAUCCUAGACUCUCUUGCUUUGGCCUGAUGAAGAACAGUAGAGAUGGGAAGAGUUACAGUACAAACUUGGCUUUCACUCCCCCUGAGUACUUGAAAACAGGAAGAGUGACUGCUGAAAGUGUAGUUUACAGUUUUGGAACAAUGUUGCUAGAUCUUUUGAGUGGAAAGCAUAUUCCUCCAAGUCAUGCACUUGAUCUAAUUCGGGGGAAGAAUUUUUUGAUGCUUAUGGAUUCUUCUAUGGAGGGUCAUUUUUCUAAUGAUGAUGGAACUGAGCUUGUUCGACUAGCCACACGCUGUUUACAGUAUGAAGCACGUGAGAGGCCAAAUGCAAAAUCUCUUGUCACUUCUCUUAUGUCUCUUCAGAAAGAAACAGAGGUGCCAUCACAUGUUUUGCUGGGCAUUCCACAUGGAACUGCAACCCCACCUCAACCAUUAUUGUUGACGCCAACUGGUGAAGCAUGUUUGAGAAAGGAUCUUACUGCCCUUCAUGAAAUAUUGGAAAAGACUGGGUACAAGGAUGAUGAAGGAAUCGCCAAUGAGCUUUCAUUCCAAAUGUGGACAAAUCAGAUGCAGGAAACCUUGAAUUCUAAGAAGCACGGUGAUGCUGCUUUCCGAGCCAAGGAUUUCAUGACUGCCAUUGACUGCUAUACACAGUUCAUUGAUGGAGGGACCAUGGUAUCACCAACCGUAUAUGCGAGGCGUUGCUUGUGUUAUCUGAUGAGCGACAUGCCACAAGAGGCUCUUGGGGAUGCAAUGCAAGCUCAGGUGGUUUUCCCCGAAUGGCCAACAGCUUUUUACCUCCAAGCUGCUGGCCUCUUUAUUCUUGGGAUUGAGAAUGAUGCUCAAGAAGCUCUUAAAGAAGCCACAAAGUUGGAAGCGAAAAGGAGCAAAAACUGAAACUGUAUAGAUUUGCAUUUCUUUGAUUUUUAUUGUCUUGAGUUUCUUGUAUUUAUCUACAAAAGCAACACCUAAAGGAUUUAUGAACACAAUUGGUUGUUGAAUGUUAAUAUUCAAGUUUUGUUCUUUCCAUUUCGGAAGAAAUUUUUUCA